GAAAGCAAGCAGGGAAGGAGGAGCUAAUUUUCCAUCUCACCACAGGAAAUGUGUGUGGUUUAAAUGGAGCCUGGACUGCUUGUGUAACAUAGUGUGUGUGUGUGCGUGUGUGUGUGUGUUGGUGCACAGAAAGUUUGUGACGAACACACAGCAGUAUGGUCAGUCGUGUGGAGCAUCCCGCAGCAGGCUACAAGAAACUCUUUGAGACCGUGGAGGAGCUGAAUGAGCCAAUCCCAGCUAAGAUCACUGGGCAUUUGCCAGCAUGGCUUGGAGGCAGUCUUCUCAGGGUCGGGCCCGGUCUUUUUGAAAUCGGGGACCAACCUUUCCACCAUCUGUUUGAUGGACAGGCUGUCAUGCACAAGUUUGACCUGAAAAAUGGCCAGGUGACCUACUUCAGGAAGUUCAUCAAAACAGAUGCAUAUGUCCGUGCCAUGACCGAGAACAGGGUGGUCAUCACUGAGUUUGGCACAGCAGCGUACCCUGACCCCUGCAAAAACAUCUUCUCCAGAUUCUUCACCUACUUUAGAGGGAUUGAAGUGACUGAUAACUGCAUGGUGAACAUUUAUCCUGUUGGGGAGGAUUUCUACGCGGUUACAGAGACCAAUUACAUUACAAAGGUUGAUCCUGACUCACUGGAAACUUUAAAGAAGGUGGACCUGUGUAAGUACCUGUCUGUGAAUGGGGUGACAGCCCACCCCCACAUUGAGGCAGAUGGUACAGUUUACAACAUCGGUAACUGCUUUGGAAAGAACAUGAGUCUGGCUUACAACAUUGUCAAGAUCCCACCUGCUCAGAAAGACAAACUUGACCCCUUAGAGAAAUCGCAGGUCAUUGCUCAGCUCCCAAGCAGUGAGAGAUUAAAGCCGUCGUACAUACACAGUUUCGGUUUGACAGACAACUAUUUCGUGUUCGUGGAGCAGCCGAUAAAAAUCAACCUGCUCAAGUUCCUGUCGGCCUGGAGCAUCAGAGGAGCUACAUACAUGGACUGCUUUGAAUCCAAUGAGAGCAUGGGGACAUGGUUUCACCUGCUCACUAAGGACCCAGCAGCGUAUCUGAGCAGCCACAAGUUCCGAACGUCGGCUUUCAACAUUUUCCAUCAUAUAAAUGCUUAUGAAGACCAGGGAUUCAUCGUUGUCGACCUCUGCGCGUGGAAAGGUCAUGAGCUUGUCUACAACUACCUGUACCUGGCCAACCUGAGGGAUGAGUGGGAGAAGGUGAAAAAAGCAGCCAUGAAAGCUCCUCAGCCUGAGGUCAGGCGAUACGUGUUGCCACUGGAUAUACACAGCGAGGAUCAAGGAAAGAACAUGGUGUCUCUGUCCUACACUACAGCAACGGCUGUUCUUCUCAGCGAUGGAACUAUCUGGUUGGAACCUGAAGUCAUCUUGUCUCAACCAAGACAAGCAUUUGAGUUUCCCCAGAUGAACUACUCUCAAUGUCGUGGCAAGAAAUAUUCCUUCACGUACGGUCUUGGACUCAACCACUUCAUCCCAGACAAGAUUGUCAAGUUAAACGUGCAGACCAAAGAGACGUGGGUAUGGCAGGAAGAUGAGUGUUAUCCAUCCGAACCACUGUUUGUACCAACACCAGGAGCGGCACGGGAGGAUGACGGUGUGUUGCUGACUAUUGUGGUGAAGCCAGGAGCAGAAAGACCAGGCUUCCUGUUGGUGUUGGAUGCCACCAAAAUGACAGAGCUGGCCAGGGCAGAGGUCAACACCAUCUUCCCAGUGACUUUACACGGCUUCUACAAGCCAUGAUCCUCAAGUAACAGUCAUCGUGCCUGCUAUUUCUUUUUUUUUUUUUUUUUUACAUAUACAGAAAUAAGCUUAAAAAACACAUACAGUAGAUACCUUCUAUUCACGGGAGUUACAAUCUAAGACCCUCCACGAAUGGACGCACCCAUAACAAGCCCUAAAAAUGCCUAUUUUUGAUACUGUUUUUAUUGGCCUGUGGCACAUUCUAAAAAAUCUCAUUUAUAGGGAUGUCCGAUAUAUUAUCGGCCCGAUACCGGCAUAAAAAUGUAAUAUCGGGCAAUAUCUGUAUUGUUUUUUUUUCCCCUAUAAUGAAAGCCGGUGUAGCCCUGCAAGCGGCAAAGUCGCAACAUUGCUGAGUUUGCUGCUGAUACGGUGCCUUAUGUAGUUAAUUCUUUACACUAGGAGAUGGCGGACAUCUGUAACUUCAAUCAGAGCAACAGGGCGUGUUUCUUUGCAGAGGUUAUAGACUUUGAAGCCCCUAGUGCCUGCUGCAGCGAGUCCACACGCAGCACAUACAGUAGUUGAGCCGAUGCUUUGCUUAACCGUGUUCGGAGUGGUGGAUUGUCAAAACACUGCUAAUGGUGAGUGAGGUAGCGCACAGACAGAAAUACGUAGAUGCCGCAUCGAGCACUGAGCCGUACGUCAACAUCGCCGCCAUAUUGGAUGAAACGGAGAGGGUUCUCAGGGUGUUGAGAUGUCUCCAAGGAUGCACUGGUUUGGAGCGGUCAAAGGUAUAGAUGUGUGUUCAAGUCAAAGAACACGGCAAGUUGUCCUCUGUUUGGUGGAUUUGGUCAAUAAGCAGCAGCAAGCACUGGUAAACUGUGGUCUUUAUAAGGCUUUAUGCUGUGGUACUGUAACAAUAUACAAAGAAUACAAAUUGUCACUGAAUAAAUAAACAGUAAAUUAAUGUAACCAAUAUUACACAAACAUAAUGAUUAGCCAAAGGCACAUCAAAUACAGAACUCAAUAAGAAAAUUAAGUCAAUAUGAUGCUUAUUAAUAUAAUAAAUCACUAUACAGUUAGCUUGAAUGCUAAUGUUAGCAUUAAUGAACACAAGAGUUACACAGAACAAAAGUGUACAAUAGAGCUCACACAGAUCUAACAACUGAAUUAAACCUCACCUUUAUGCAUUCACGCACAGCAUUAACUUGGGAAAACAAGGAUGAGGCGCAAGGAAGGAGAGGAAAGGUACAUCUGCCUGUACAGCGUUGGAGAAGUCAUAAAAAAGACGUUUUUAACUGAUGCAACAUCACACUACUGCGGUGCGUUCACUGACGGCCGAACACAGUGGGACAAAACAACGCCCAAAUCUAAACAUUACCAGUGAAGCAUAAACAACACAAAACAUGGUAAAUUAUGGGCUUUCUAACACUGGAUGUGGCAAGAGUCGAAGCGGAGAAGAUGCUGCUGCAUGGUGUACGACUCGUUUUACUGCCCAAACCAAAUCCCAGGGAAUACUUAUUUGGCCAUUAUAACAUCGUUUUGAGAGCAUCAUUUGCCGACGUUGUGGAAAACACUGUAUUCCCGCUCACAAUUCAUCAUUCAUUUUAUGUCUUUGGGCGGGAAUGUAAAAAAAAAAAAAACGUCUGCGGCAGGCAGACGUGGUAGUGUCGCCUAGGCAAUGCACUGCUGCAGGAUUCACCAAAUUUGUGGAGUUCCUCGAGCCACGCUUUGCCAUGCCCAAUCGCAAGUAUUUCUCAGAUGUUUUCUUCCAGUUGUACAAUGUUGUUUACAUCCACGUCGGGAAGCUAAUUGCUGAUGCUGAAUCCAUUAGCUUCACAACAGAUAUGUGUUAAUUCCACGACUGAUUCCCAUAUCGGUUGAUAUGGGAAUCGGAAAUUGAGAGUUGGACAAUAUCGGCAUAUCGGCAAAAAAUUCAAUAUCGGACAUCCCUAAGAAUUUAAUAAGAAAACUAAAAACAAAAAAAACAGCAAAAAUUGAAAAAAUGGCAGAAUAAAGUCAAAAUAUUAAGACAAAUAAGUUGUAAUUUAACAAAGCAAAAAAAUCUUAAUUUUAAGACAGUAACUUUUCUAAUAUUAUGAGGAAAUUUUUAAUUUUAAUAUCAUAAAAGUUGAAAUAUUAAGGAAAGACAAAACAACAAAUGUAAUUUUUGGAAAAUUAGGUUGUGGAAAAAGUCCAAAUUUUAUGUGAAUAAAGUCAUAAUUACGAGGAAAAAAAAAAUUGACAAGACGAAAGUUUAAACAGUUGAAAAAUUAAAGAAAAAAACCCAGCAGAAAAGGAAAAAAAAAACAUAUCAUUUUACGGAAAUAAAGUCAAAAUAUAAAGAGGAAAAAAAGUUGUAUUUUAAUGAGAAUGAGAAAAAAGGUGCAAUUUUACAAGAAUGAACUUUGUAGUAUUAUGAGGAAAAAUAAUGUCAAUUUGUAUGCCGCUUAUCCUCAUUAAGGUAGCGGGGGUAUGCUGGAGCCUAUCCCAGCUGACUUUGGGCAAGAGGCGGGGUACACCCUGGACUGGUAGAGUUGAAACAUUAAAGAGGGCCUAUUAUGUUUUCCUCUUUUCUGACCUACAAAUGUUACAAUGUUGUACUCUUGUGUUAAACGCAUCAGAUAAUAAUAUUUGCGCAUUUGAAGUCCUUGGGAGUGUGACCUCCAGGCGUACCUGGAGGAGUAAAUUACACAGACCGUUUGGGUGGGAGGCAGGAACAGGUGCAGAGUCUGUAAGCUCUAGAAAGCUUUCUGUGCGGGUUAUCGUGUGUAGCUGCUCUGUAGGAGUCCAGAACUCAAUAAACAGGCCCGAAAAUUUGUAUAAUAGGCCCCCUUUAAAGAAAAAAUGUUAUUUUUUAAAGCCUUAAUAAUGUGAGAAAAGCAAAACACAAAGUUGUAAUUUUUGUUUGGACACCCCUGCUCUAAGCCUUAUAAUAUGCCUCUGACAGCCAUUAAACACACUUUAAAUUCAAUUUUACACAUCAAGAAACAAUUACAGGUAUACGUAUUGUAUAACAGUACUGUACUUCCAAAACAUAGUUACACAGCAUCACGUCUUGUCAAAUCAUCUUCCUGCUGGACAGCACCCUCUGCUGGAUUCAGAGACGCAGCACUCUUUCCCCCCUGCUGAUCGCGCCAUCAAAACACUUUCUACUUAAGUUGCCAUAAUUUUUUUUUUUUUUUACAAUUUCAAGUAGAGAAAACAAUUCUGAAUUGUGAAUAGGUGGGGUUUUAUUGUUUGUUUGUUUUUUUUUAAAUGUAGUUCAAAUCAGUUGAAAGAAAACUGACUGUCGAUACACAGUCCUGCUGCAUCAAGCUAGCGAUGCUUGGACUUUUUUUUGUCCUUGCACAAACGUUGUGGCACUAAAGUUUGUUUAAACACUUCCACAAACACAAUCCAAAAAUGUUCAGUCGGGGAUUUGCACAAGCUUUAUAUUAUUUGAACCUUUUCAACUGUUUGCUUUGACUGUUUCCUUCCUCGGUUAUGUCAUGUCUUCCAUGUGUCUCGUGGGGAUUGUAGUUUCACCUAUUCUUGGUCGUCAUGCCCAUAGACAUAAAUACAUACGACAUGCAGUAUAUUUAUGUUUAUGGUCGUGCCCUCUUCUCGUGUCAUCCAAUCAGCUCCGCUCUUUCCCUCGUGCUGCUUGCUUGUAUUUAGUUCCUAUUACUGUUCCGUCUGUGCCAAAUUCGAUUGUUGUUGAUUAAUUACAUACUUUUUGUUGGAAAAUAAAGACAUUUUUGUUUGAUA